CUGACGACCAGAAGUUGGAAUGUUUUCACUCAAAUAUUUCGCUUUUAAGAGCCUCAUAAAAGAAAAUUCUCUAAUGAUUAUGCCUCACAUGAGGAAACGAAAGUCCUAGCUUUGUAAUGGAUAGCUCUAAAGAAUCUUCUUUGGAUUGUAUCGUGCGGAAACCGGUGUUUUUGAGAGAUGGAGAUUUGACUUCAGAGUUUAAGUCUGGAUGUGCUGUUGUAGACAUUCUCUUUCCUGGCCACGACACUGUUAAUAUAGUUCAUUUGACAUUUAAGAAUAAUUAUACAGCAUCAGUUGAACUCAAGGCCAAAAUAAAAGAAGAAGAUAAAGGUGAAACUUGGAAAGUAUGUAUAAAGAAGCUUGUGCUGAUGCCUCACCCUCAUUACGAGGCUGGCAGCCAAUGCUAUGUCUCAAUAACUUCAGAUAUGAUGUGUUUCCCAACUGAUAAUGUUGUCAUGUUAAGGUUAAUAUUGCGACAAUCCUCCCCACAUUGGGCUACUUUUGGUAUUGAAAAUCCAAAGUGCUACAUACCUUCCUUAUUUAAUCUAACUUCAGCUCCAUGGUUAAGCAAUGAUAAUGAAAGUAACGAUGUCGCAGUUCCAAAACCUAAACAUCAGGGUCUUCCAAAGUCAGAGAAUGUAGCAGAAUUAAUGCAGCGAAUGUGGGCAAUGACUGAAGAGAUUAAGGCAGCCAAAACUGAGAGGAUUGGACGAUUUGAUAUUGAUGGCAGUUAUGAUGUCAAUCUACUCUCAUACACUUGAGCUCUCUUUGACUUCAUCAUUUAUUAAUUUAUCACUUGCUGAUUGUUGAUAAGAGGCUAGAUGUGCUUUUGCUGACGACAUCCGUAUGCAAGCUUAUUUGAAAGUAAAAAAAAAAACGUCAAAAAAUUCGUUAGUGAAUUUUUUGUGAUUAAAAAAAAAAAAAAAUCGAGGUCCUUUUUCUAUGGUUAGUACUCUUAUUAAACAUAUAAAAAUGGCAUCAGCAUAUGAUCCAAACUUUGCAGUGAAACCACUGGCUGCACUUGUGGUUCCACUUGAGUUUGGAUAGUAUGCUGAUGCCAUUCCAAGUUCGGUAAAAUUACAGAAAAUAGGAGAUGGACCUCAAUUUGCUAAAUAAUUUAUCAUGAGCUAGCAUGCAUGGUGAAUAUACAUGGACUAGAUAGACCAUAUGAAAGGAGGCAUGUCCAUCGAGAUACCUUAGUUCAUAAGUUAUGGAAGUGAACAGUGGUUUCAUUAGAAAGAGUAUAUCAAAAUUACUGAUCUUUCAAAAUUUCAGUUUAGUAAUAUUUAAUAGAUAAUUACCGAGGCACGCAGCAUUCGUAGGUAUAAUGCAGGCAGCUGAGGGCGUAGCCCGAAGCUGCCUGCAUUAUACCUACAAAUGCUGCAUGCCAAAGUAAUUAUCUAGUAUAAUUACUGAUCUUAUCAAAAUGCAAUUGUUUUCUUUCUAGCUUGUUUAUCAUAGAAACAAAGCCAAUAAUGAAUGAACUAAAUAUGUCUGAUUUUCCUCUWUGCAUUCGUUGGGAUAAUGCAGACUGAAAACAAUGGAUUUUGAUAAGAUCAGUAAUUAUUAAAUGAUAAAAAGCUACAGCUGAUUGAAAUUAGAUGGGUUUGUGUGAAAGCAACAACCAAGGGCCUAUCAGCCUCACUAUCAUGUUUUCGGUACUUUUCAAAUGCUUAUAACUCUUCAGGGAUUUAAUAUAUGACAAUAGAACUCUCUGAAAUUACUAA